GUGGAUUUGGGCCCAGAUCAACUGGACGUUGGAUUUCUCUCUCUCUUUUAUUUUUACAUUCGAUCCCAUCGACGGUUUUCUUCAGUUGAUCCCGACCGCUCGACCGGGCUUCGAUUCACAUUCCCUUGGGUGACCCCCCUUCCUACAUCCCUACUUCAGGGAUCCCAAUAGUUGAGCUGGUCUCGACUCGAAUUCAAGUUUCGUUUUUGCUUUGGAUUGAUCGGUUUAUUGGUUAUUGUGUGUUUGCGUCUUUAAUCCUCCUAUCGAUAUACCUGGUUAGACAGAAUGGACAUCGAAAAACGCAGCGGCGGCGGCGGCGAUGCCGCCUACAUGUGGCUCGAGAGUUUGAACGACGACCUCGCUCGCAGGAGCUUGCUCAUCCUCGGCUUGAUGGCCGCCUUCAUCUACCUCUGGAAGACUGGCUUCCGUAUCAACGCCCAUCUCCGUCGACUCUCCAGCUUCAACAAUGACCGACAACGCUACUUCAUCUCCGCCGACAGCACCUUCGCCAAGGUCAAGAGCCAUCUCAUCUAUGCCCCCCUGCUGCGCAGCCGUCACAACCAGGAGUUUCAGCUCUCCACCGUCGUCAACUUUGGCACCCUGCCCAGCCGCUUCCACACCUUGAUCCUGGUCUGCAUCAUCGUCAUGAACGUCGUCCUCUGCGUCGUCACCGUUCCCUACCAUAAAGACGAGCACACCGUCUCCGGCGCUAUCCGAAACCGCACCGGCACCAUGGCCACCGUCAACCUCAUCCCGCUCGUGCUCACGGCCGGGCGGAACAAUCCCCUGAUCAAGCUGCUCCAGGUGCCUUUUGACACCUUCAACCUCAUUCACCGCUGGCUCGCGCGGAUCGUGGUCCUUGAAACCAUCGCCCAUAUCUUCGCCUGGGCCAUUCCCAAAUCGCAAAAGCUCGGUUGGCAGAUGGUCGGUAUGAUCUUUGGAAAGAGCUCGUUUCUCCUCAGCGGCUUGAUUGCCGGCUGUGCCUUCGUCGCGCUCAUGGUGCACUCUCCCUCCCCCAUCCGCCAUGCCUUCUACGAAACCUUCCUCCAUCUCCACAUCGCCAUGGUGGCCGUCUCGUUCGGCUUCCUGUGGGUCCACCUUGACGGACUGGUGGCGCAGUCGUACCUGCUCGCCGCCGUCAUCCUCUGGGCCCUCGAGCGCGCCACCCGACUCUUCAUGAUCCUGUAUCGCAACUGCGGCCGAUCGUCCACAACAGCCCUCGUCGAGGCCCUCCCGGGAGAUGCCCUGCGCAUCACCCUGAACAUGGCGCGGCCCUGGUCGUUCCAGCCGGGUCAGCAUCUCUACCUGUACAUCCCCACCGUCGGCUGGUGGUCCUCCCACCCCUUCUCCGUCGGGUGGAGCCAGCAGGAGGAGAUCGCCACCGACGAGAAGGGCAUCCCCAUGACCAGGCAGGAGGUUUUCGGCUCCGAGAAGACGACCCUGUCCCUCCUGAUCCGUCGCCGCACGGGCUUCACCGACAAGCUGUUCCAGCGUGCCGCCAACGCCGCUGAAUCCCGCGUCACCCUGCGCGCCUUCGCCGAGGGUCCCUACGGCAGCAUCCACUCCAUGGACUCGUACGGCACAGUGAUGCUCUUCGCUGGCGGCGUGGGCAUCACCCACCACGUCCCGUUCGUCCGCCAUCUGGUGCAGGGGUACGCCGACGGGACGGUCGCCGCGCGCCGCGUGACCCUCGUCUGGAUCAUCCAAUCGCCCGAGCACCUCGAAUGGAUCCGCCCCUGGAUGACGCGAAUCCUCGCCAUGGACGGCCGCCGAGACGUGCUGCGGAUCAUGCUCUUCAUCACCCGGCCCCGCAACCCCCGCGAGAUCCAGAGCCCGAGCACCACCGUCCAGAUGUUCCCGGGGCGACCCAACGUCGACACUCUGGUCGGCAUGGAAGUCGAGAACCAGGUGGGCGCCAUGGGCGUGCUGGUGUGCGGGAACGGCAGUCUAAGCGACGACGUCCGACGCGUGUGCCGCAAGCGACAAGGUCAUUCGACGAUCGACUUUGUCGAGGAAAGUUUCACAUGGUAGAUGCUUGCAUAUGGCCUUUUUUUUCCUUUUUCUUGUUUCUUUUUCAAAUGUUUUCACUUGGGUACGGAAUUUACAGCACUUCAUGGGAUGAGCUAUUGUAUCGAUUUUCUGGGAUUUAUUUUUUUGCACGCGCACAUGACGGAUGUACAUACCACAUUCCUUUGAUAUCAGUCCAGCAUUACCGGCAUCGCCGGCUUUACUUGUGUGAA